AUGCGAAAAUUAAAUUUUUUUUCUAUUUUAAAAAUUAAAUUUUCAGUAAAAUUUCAAAAAAAUUUCUUGUCUAAUCAUCAAACUAUUCAUUCAAGUUGCAAAAUGUCGCAUCGCAAAUCUGGGCCAUAUUCAGACAAUACUUCUGUGGAUGAUGAUCCAUUAACUGACGACGAUUCAAAAAAGAAUGAGGACAGAAUUCGUGAACUUGAGAGAGCAAAUCGUGAAUAUGAAAGUACAGUUCAGGAUUAUCUUAGACAAAUUAUUACUUUGCAAAAUUCUUUGAAGAAGUCUCAUGGCCAGGAAUGUGUUGAAUUGAUUAAAGAAAAGUGUCAGGAAGUUGAAGAGGUUUAAAAUAUUUAAAUUUGAGUUAAAAUUGCCGUUUAGGGUCCCCUUUUUCCUCC